AGCCGUUUCGGCCCCCCGGCCAGACAGGCCGGUCAGAGUGGCGCGGGGGGGCCCCGCGCCCCCUGGGGCGCGGGGGCUGCCAGUGGGCAGCCCGCUCUGGCAGGGCGCCCACGCCAAGGUGGUUCGCGCAGGCGGCCCCCGGGAGAGCGCAGAGCUCGGGCGUCGGACAGAUGAUCUACUACGAGAGCGGUCGCAUGAGCAGCAUAUUCCGUCUUGCCGGCAGCGUGCUUCCGAUGGCAUUGAAGAUAUCUUUCCCCAACAGUCUUCUGACCGGCGCGCUUGCGUUCUGCGUCUACGAGCUGAACGUACUGGGGACCGUGGACCUGGAGUCGACCCUCAUGAAGAACAACGCCAUAUGGGGAGGCUUCAGCUUCCUGCUGGGCUUCCUGGUGGUGUUCCGCACGUCGCAGGCGUACAGCCGCUUCUGGGAGGGGUGCACGUCCACCCACUACAUGGGUGCCGAGUGGUUCGACGCCUGCGCCGCGCUGAUCGCCUUCUGCAAGCACGCGGAGCCCGAGAAGGCGAGGGAGGUGCUGAUGUUCCAGAACAUCUUGGUGAGGCUUUUCAGCAUGCUGCACUCGACGGCGCUCGGGGACAUCGAGGACUGCAGCGACAGCAUGGACAGGUCUGCCUACCAGGCCUUCAAGAUGGAGCUGAUUGAUGCCGCGGGCAUCGACGAUGAGAGCCUCAGCACCAUCAGAGAGUCUGACUGCAAGGUGGAGCUUAUUUUCCAGUGGAUUCAGCAGCUCGUCGUCGAGAAUAUCAAAAUUGGUGUGAUGUCCAUACCACCGCCUAUAUUGACGCGUUCGUUCCAGGAGAUGGCCAGUGGCAUGGUGCACUUCCACAACGCGCUGAAGAUCUCGACGAUCCCUUUCCCGUACCCGUACGCGCAGACUUGCGAUAUUAUGUUGUUGAUGCAUUGGAUGAUCGUGCCUUUUAUCGUCAUUCAGUGGGUGGACAUAUGGUGGCUUUCGUGCAUGUUCGGCUUUGUGCAGGUGGUCACCCUGUGGUCCCUUAAUUUGAUAGCUCAGGAGCUUGAGCAACCUUUCGGGUCUGACCCGAACGACAUCGACGCGAUGCACAUGCAGAAGAUGAUGAAUUCCCACCUGCGCCUGCUGGUCAAGGAGUCCACGAAGAGGACCCCCAAACUGCGCCACGAUGACCUCGAGACGCUGUUAGAGCGGAUGGUAGAGCCUAACGAGAUGACCCUCGCCUCUUUCUACGACGUCUGGGAGGACCUCGACCAGGCCCAGGGCAUCGAUGCUGCUGGUGAGAACCGCGAGACGAUCGCCCGCCGGGGGACCGUCACCACAGCGCACUGGAAGCUCCAGAGGAGUAAGCUCAGCCAGCUGGACUCGGCCCGUUCCUCCCAGGCCAGCCAGCCGAGGAGAGCAGCGCGCACUCCCUCUUGAGCAAGGCUGCAGGCACUCCGACCAGGCCCCGCGUCGCCUCGCCCCGCACGUGGGACGCGCUGGCCCUCCCCGCGGAGACGCCGCCGGAGAGCCCCGCCCCGAGGCGGACGCGAGCCCCACCGGCACGGCGGGCCCGCGGCUUGGCGCGGAGCCCCACGCCGCGCCGGCCGCCCUGGUGCAGGCCGACGCGGCCGACACGCCGCGGGGCCCGCUGGCCUGGCUGGCGAGGCCGGCGCUCAGCCCCAGGGCGCCCAGCGGCGACACCAGCGGCCGCCCUUCGGUCGCGUUGUGACGCCUGCCAGGGGCCGCCGGCCGCCGCCUGCGUGCCUCGAGGGGGGCAGAAGAGACCGGCACCCUGAGAUCCUCUAGAUCCGGACGCUGCAUUUUUUGCACACUGGCCGUUCUUCGUGGGCCCCCAAACGGGUUCGGGGCCACCGCACGGUGUGCCACCGCAACCGCUGCGGGACUCCAGAUUUUUCGCCCGGCGUG